AUGGAUUUCAUCAAGACCAGUUCCCUGCGUGCUCUGAUUGAGUUAACUUUCCAACGCAACUGGAACGGCCUAAUUUGGAUGAGUAGAAACGGAGUUAUAACCAAAAGAGUGGAGACUGUCCAGACGGCUUAUCGAAGAAUCAGCGCCCAACCGCGCAGUCCGGCUGGCCGAGAAACUAUUGUUUCGCGCUCGGCCAAAUUCAUAUCCGUCCGUCUGAAGUCUCGGCCAAAGUUCGAAACCGACCGGCCGAUCACGCAACACGACCCGGGAAACAUUGUCCCGCGGUCGGCCAAGCUCCAAAUGCUCCACGCCGCCGCGCACGACCAUGCCGCGCGAGCCGGGGAACAAGGCCUCGCGGCCGCGCAAUCCGUUCCGCGUACCACGGCCGAUGCAUCCGUCCGAGCCGGGAAAGAACGUCCCACGUCGAGAAACCAUCGGCCAAAUCAUCGUCCGGCCGAGAAACCAUCGGCCAAAAUCGUCGCCCCAACGCCGCGGUCGACCCGAAGCCCGUUUUGA